GGCAGAAGACACCCCCUGCCCUCGAGGCGCGCACCGCUGAAUGGGCUGCUGGGCCGUCUCCCGGUCGCAGGUCUAACCGCCACAAGCCAGCCUUCACCCAGCCGCCAAAGAGAAACCUGCGGGGCCGUUUGGACCCUGGCGCUUCGCUCGCUCCAUAAACUGCAGUGGCUCCCCAUCACCGCCGGGAUCAAACGCAAAACCCCUCGUCACUGACUCCCUUUGCCAGUCUCCACAGCUCACAGCUCCCCCAGGACUCCUGGAUCCAGGGACGCUGCCGGCUGUGCCCUGAACCAGACACUUGGCUCCGGGGGCAUUUUCUCUGGCUGCCCCCCAUGCCCGGAAGCAUUUGCAACCCCGUCAUUCUCGUGCCUUCCCUACUGGUUAUCGCUCAUUCAUUCUCUCUGGUGCUUGUUCACCCCAUUAGGCUGUGGGCAGCUCAGGCUCUGGAACGUCUCUACCUCUUGGAUGUAUGCCCCCAGCGCUCAGCAGUGCCUGGCACACCACAGGUGCUCAGUAAAUGCUUACUGACUUACGGACCAACUGGCUCCAAAGAGUCAGGCGCCCCUCCCUCGAACCCUCUUUAAGACUAGUGCCCGCCCCACCUCCGAGCCACGGACUCAACCCUGGCAGUCUCAGCCCAAAGCUGCAGCCUCUUCGCCAGACCCAGAACGAGGGUGGGGGUGGGUGGAACCCCAGCGGAGCGCGAGCCACGGGACGGCCCAAUGAGAAGCGGAGUAGCACGGCGUGGCCCGCCUCCGGAAGUGACGAAACCACCGCCCCGCUGGCCGUGCGGAAGUGAGGCGAUGGCGGAGCUGUACGUGAAGCCGGGGAACAAGGAUAGAGGCUGGAAUGACCCUCCACAGUUCUCUUACGGAUUGCAGAGCCAGGCUAGCAGCCAUAAAAAGACGCCCCUCACUAAGCGGGUCGCAGCUCCCCAGGAUGGUUCUCCCAAAGUGCCUGCCUCAGAGCCUUUUACUGGGGCUCCUCCAGUGGGACCACCGCCUCUCCUGACAAAGGCUCCAGGGCCCCCUCCUGGGGGAAGCUCUUCUCCUUUGAGGUUGGAACCUAUCAGUUCCCCAGUCACUUGUGAAACAAUGCUGGAAGAUGUGCUGGGACCCUUGGAACAGGCUUUGGAGGAUUGCCAGGCUCAUACAAAGAAACAGGUCUUUGAUGACAUCAGCCGGCGCCUAGCCUUGCUUCAGGGACAGUGGAAGAGUGAGAAGCUGUCAGUUCCUGUGAGGAAGAGGAUGGCACUGCUGGUGCAAGAGCUCAGGAACCACAACUGGGAUGGAGCUGAUGACAUACAUCGAUCACUGAUGGUGGAUCAUGUGACUGAGGUCAGUCAAUGGAUGGUGGGAGUGAAAAGGUUAAUUGCAGAAAGGAGGAGCCUACCUUCCGGGGAAGCUGAUGAGGAGAAGCCUGCUACCACAGAGGAGAAUGAGGAGGUCUCAGGCCUCUCUACGACUCUGUGACCCCUGAUUUUCUUCCUCCCCAACAAGUCCCUAUCUGCCCUAAUAUCCUAGACCUUAAAUAUCUCUGAAUGGACAUGGUGGGGUUUGGGGUCCAGGGACAGUUUGCCUUGCUUUCCUUGACACCAGCAGGAUAGAAGAAAGAAGGAAGAAGAGAAAGGAGGUUCUCUUUUUAACAGAGAAGCUGCUUCAACUCUUAACUGGGACUCUGGCCUGACUCUGGGGAGGGAAGACUGUGUAGGCAGUUCAUUGGUUGCUUCUGACAUAUGCAAUUAAAUAAAAACAUCUUGUCUUGGUAGGGCA